UUUUUUUUUACCCUUCUCGUUUCCCCCUGUCUACUGCCUCGCCCGAUGUGGGUACCUGUACCGUUUGUACCUCCCCUGCUCAUCGUCCCUUGUCUGUCCCUCCAUCACCCCCCAGUGCAAAGAGCAUUCCUCAGUAACUUUUUUUUUUUUCGUCUUGUUAACUUGAAUACCCCAAUAACUAAUACAAACAUAACGCUUUUUCUCUACACCUUCUCGCCGCUGUCUUCUCUCCUCAGUCAGCCCAACCAAAGAUCAACUCUUUACUUUUUAUCUUUAUCUUAUUCGUUGGUUCAUCAUCAUAGUUCGCGAUCUUCGUUCACAGACCUCCCACCGCCUUUCCCUGGUCUGUCCCCUCCUCGCAUCGUUGUCCCCCCGUUCUUCGGCCGCGCCCCAUACAAGAUCGCUGCCCCCCCUAACCAUCUCUAAUCCAUAUUCCUACUCCCCUGUCUCACUUUACAUCACAACUCCUCUUGUUGCGGUUCUUCUUGUGAAAUAGAACUACGGACUGCUUCGUGCUUUCGAUACAUGCAACAUUCGACCAUAGGAUACCCAAAUACCCAAAUACACCUGCGCAUUUAUUAAUAUUAUCCUACUGUAUUUGCCUAUCAUGCCGUACAACACCCGUCGCAAAUCAUUGUCCUUGCCAUCACUCGGAAUCCACAUCCCAGUAAAUCGGUCUUCAUCCAAUAAUUC